AGUACGUCGCCAACUAGCGACCGCUGCCAUUUUGACGGAAAGAGUGGAGAGCUGGGAAACUGCGUUGUUUAGUUGUUCGACCUUGUUUAUACAUAACAUUAUUUCACCAUGGCUAUGCAAGCGGCGAAACGCGCUAAUAUACGAUUACCUCCUGAGGUGAACAGAAUCCUGUACGUCAGAAACCUUCCCUACAAGAUCACAGCGGAGGAAAUGUACGAUAUUUUUGGGAAAUAUGGGCCAAUACGUCAAAUCAGAACAGGGAACACACCUGAAACAAGAGGAACAGCCUAUGUGGUUUAUGAAGACAUCUUUGAUGCCAAGAAUGCCUGUGACCAUCUGUCAGGCUUCAACGUCUGCAACCGUUACCUGGUGGUCCUCUACUACAAUGCAAACAGAGCUUUCCAGAAGAUGGACACAAAGAAAAAAGAAGAACAGCUGAAGCUUCUAAAAGAGAAAUACGGCAUCAACACAGACCCUCCAAAGUAGCGUUUUGGAAACCCCAUCCAUCUCCAUGCCUUUUACCUCCACGUUCAAAUCUGUCUUUUCUCUCUGUACGAAUCUCACAUAUUCCUUAGUCUAUGUUGGUGUAAUGUACACAUACAGUUGCGGAAGUUUUUUUAAUGAUGAUGAUGAUAUUGUUUUCAUUUUCAAAUACACGUGAAACUGGCAGUAUGUCAGUUAAUAUUAGGGCAGGGGGCUGAUGUAUGCCAGUUGUCAAAUGGGACAAACACUUAAGCAUUGAAAACAAGUUUUACCAGGAUUUAGAAAGUGGCUGGUCAUUGUAUUCCUCUGUCAGCUGUGGAAAUUUCCCAGAGCAGAUUAUUUUUCAGUCUUUUUUUUCUUUUCAUACUGCUACAAUCUUUUAAUUUAAAGCUAACUAUGGUCAUGCAAUGCGUGAUAUGAAAUUCAGUUGAUCAGUACAGACUAUGUAAAGUAUAUGGUUUCUGUAAAAUAAAUGUUCCUUUUCUAAAA